CAUUUUACCCGGAAAUUAUGUUGCGUUAACACUGACUGGGAGUGGUUGUGUUGUGUAAGUUCACUAUAGGGGUUUUACGUGCAUGAUACUGAGAACUGACAUCGUGACUAAGACUAGCACUUACAGCCCUUUUUAUUAUCUUUCAUAGGUUUCAAACUUGUUAGUUAUCAAGGAAACAGGUGAAAUACUGUUAAGACAUGGCAGCUGCAGAAGCAAAAUCUUCAGAUUCCUCACAGGAUGACUUGAAAUGUCCUGUAUGCCUUGGCCUCUUCACCGAUGCAAUUAUGCUGCCUACCUGCGGGCAUACAUUCUGCAGGAGAUGCCUCAGGGAAUAUUUGCAGUCAUACCGACAUCUUGGUCACAUGGUGUGCCCUGUCUGUAGAAAAAUCACCAAGUUUACUCCUGCGAAAGGCGUUGAUGAUUUCCCCGCUAACGUGACGGUCAACAGAAUCGUAGACAACUACCGCCAGGACCAUGGCUGCAAGAUUGAAACACGUCCAAAGUGCACUGCUUGCAGACGGCAAGGGGAUGCCGAGUCCUUCUGCAAAACCUGUGACAAGUACCUGUGUGAGAGGUGUCUAACUAGUCACCAAGAGAUGUCUGUCAUGUUCGAAGGUCAUGAGAUUGUAUCCAUUGAGGAAACCAAAGGCCUGAAGGGAAAGCAAAAUAGGUUCAAACCUGAGGAUCCUCGCAUUGGCCUCGGAUCGGGCACCUCCAGAUCAGGUCCCAAGUUAGAAGUCUAUCGAAGUGUAGAUCUACCGGGAAAGAUGAAGGUAAUGACCAAGUACUCUUAUAACAGUGUGGCUAUAGGAUACGAGCACUCUUAUGAUGGAGAUAUUAGUGGUGUACAUAUCAUUGAUUCGACUGGUAGACAGAAUCUGCACCCACGAAUGCCACCAAAGACGUGGUGUGAGGGUAUUAUGUUCCAGCAAGACCAGUCUUUUUGCAUAUCGGAUGGAGUAGGGGUACACAUUUAUUCCAGUCGUGGAGAGAAAAAAUCAACAGUCAGCGGAAUGGGCAGUUGUAAAUUAAGCAGCGGUUUGUCAGGUGAAAUCAUCAUGACUAACGCUGGAAAAAAAUUCUACAUAUAUAAUUCCACAGGAUCCACUUGCAAACACAAUAUUCUAACAAAACACAAUACAAGUCAGGCAUCUGUCACCAGUUCGGGUUUGAUCGUCACAAGUUCAUGUAAUGCCACGAUGAGGAGUAUGCAAAUUACCUAUCCAAGCAUGGUGACGGCCUAUGACAGGGAUGGGAAUGCUGGUGAGUCUCUACAAGCUCCAGAGGGUGUCUACCUGUACGCUGCCGUGGAUGAGCAUGACAGGGUAUAUGUAGCGAGUGUUGAUCGUAAGAAUAACAACAUGGUGAUCAGGCUCUAUGAUAUCGUUGGUUUGAACCUGAAGGAAAGAGUUGGGUUCAAUGCACCUAAUUUUAGAUGUGCAUGGAGUGAUUGGUGUUACUUAGUUUCCCUCUCAGAAGACAUGCUCGCAUUCGCUUCUAGCGGUAUUUUGUAUUUCAUCAAAGUCGUGAACUGGGCAGACUGGGAUCUUCCAUUUGGUGAUCUGUCAUGA